GCUUUGAUUAAUUAAUUAUAAAUACUUUGUUUUUCCUUUUUUUAUAGAAAAAUAAAAUUACAAAUAUAUAUAUGCACGUUCUGUCUUAAGUUCGAGGAAAUGUGAAAAGCUAUCAUCAAAAUGCCAACUCGACCAUACCAUGAGUAGAAAGUCACCGUCGACGGUUGAAGAACUUAGACUAGCAUUGGAAGAACUUGGUUUGAAUUCAUCAGGAAGCAAGGACAAAUUGCGUCGGCGAUACAGAUUUCGGGAACAGCGUUUAGAACAAAAAAAGAAACAAGAACAAUGGAAUCUUUAUUCUCUAGAAAAUCAAGCAAAAAUUCAUCUUCGAUACUUAUUAAUUGUUGACGUUGAAGCUACUUGUGAGGAAGGAUGUGGAUUUACCUUUGAUAAUGAAAUAAUAGAAUUUCCGUGUCUGCUUUAUGACUUGGAUACGAAUGAGAUUAUCGACGAAUUUCAUUCUUAUGUUCGGCCAAAUAUGAAUCCUAUAUUAUCUGACUAUUGUAAAUCCUUAACUGGGAUACAACAAUCAGUUAUAGAUGAAGCAUCGCCGUUCCAGCAGGUACUCGAAAACCUAACGGAAUUUUUAAGACAACAUAAAGCUAUCCUUGAACCAUCAAUUGAUGAAGUUAAAAUCCUCGAACCUUCACGAGCGAUUCCGAGGAGUCAGCCAAAAAAUUGGGCUUGGGCAUGCGAUGGUCCCUGGGAUAUGGCAUCGUUCAUUGCGAAACAGUUCAAAUUCAGCAAUACACAGAUUCCGGACUGGAUAAAAGGUCACUUUGUUGACAUUCGAGCUUAUUUUUCCGAUGUGUACCAUGUACCAAGAGUUAACAUUGAAGGAAUGUUACAACGAUGGAAUCUUCGAUUUGAGGGAAACCAACAUAGUGGCAUUGAUGAUUCUAGAAACAUUGCGAGGAUAAUCAACAGAAUGAGUAUGGAGGGAGUAAUUUUUGAAUGUAACCGGUGGUGGCUCAAACAUGAAAUAAACGGAUGGAUACCCGGUCGCAAAUACCCACCGUUUUUGUCAAAGAGGCAAAAAUAAAAUACACUAAUUAAUAUUUUUCUAUUUUUGCAUUCUAUCACAUAUUGCCAUGUACGUCUGCGCUUGUUUGUGAGCGUGCAUGUCCUUCUUUGGCGGAAGUGGGCCAAAAAUUUGGUAUAGCGAUUCUAUUUUAGUUUUGGUUAAUAGAGUAUAAACAUUUAUGAUACACUUACUGUUGAA